AUGCCACAGUCUGGUGUCGAGGGCACCUGCAAGAGAGACACCUCGGAGAAGCUCCGGGUCACUAAGUCCUGCAGAAUGGCCUUGAGGCCACCUGCCACAGGGAUUGGAGACGCCUCGGAGAAACUCCGGGUCUCCAACACAAGGAGCCCCCUCAGCCGCCGACGCAGCCGCAGCGGGAAGGGCACGGGGCCUUCCACACAAGCUGCCACGGCCUCCUUGGGAGAAGUGCUGGCUGGUGGCCAUCCUAAACACGGGGGGUGUGACACCGAGAAGGAAAGUGUCCUGCAGGAAGCCAGGUUUUUUGGUCUUGAUUUGCUAAUUGAACCCCUGGAAAUAGCCAUGAAGGGAAUUUUUGAACAACAUUCCCAACAGAAUUCCCAGCCAGCUGAGGAUCACUCUCCCACCUCUCGCAAGGAGUUGGUCCGGUUCCUGCUGGCAACACCUCCCAAGUCCGAGCUGCACUGCCAGGGUCUCAGUUUCAGUGGAGCAGAUCUUUCCCACCUGGAUCUUUGUUAAAUCAACUUCAAGGUGGCCAAUCUGAGCCGCUGCAACCUGGCCCGUGCCAACCUGUGCUGUACCAGCCUGGAGAGGGCUGACCUGUCAGGCUCUGUGCUGGAUGGAAGAUGUGCCAACCUGCCAGGGGUGAAGAUGCUGCGCUCUAACGCAGAGGGAGUGUCUCUGAAAGGCUGCAACUCUGGGGACCCAUCAGGCCUUAAAGCUCAUCUGGAAGGUGCCAACCUGAAAGGAGUGGCCAUGGAGGGCAGUCAGAUGACAGGAAUUAACCUCCAAGUUGCAACGCUGAGAAACACCAAUCUAAAGAACUGUAACCUCAGGGGAGCAACGUUGGCAGGAACUGAUUUGGAGAAUCGUGACCUAUCAGGUUGUGACCUCCAGGAAGCCAAUUUGAGGGGCUCUAAUGUGAAAGGAACCAUCUCUGAAGAGGUGCUGACCCCCCUGCACAUGUCCCAGAGCGUCAGAUAGGGAAGAGAAGACAUCAAAGAGGAAGGAAUCCAAACAUUUGUCGUGACUUUCUUCACC